AUGUCGGGACACCCACCACAACAAGGUGGUCAAUACGACGAAGGCUACGGCCAUCAAGCGGGCAAUACCGAUUCUUAUUACCAAGAUGAGCACGGAGGGCAACAAUAUUAUGACAAUAAUGGUGGCUACGAACAGGGCCACGGGGGUCAUCAGCAAGAAGGUGCUGAAGGAUAUUAUGAUGAAUCAGGCUAUUACAAUGCUGAUGCCAACAAUCCAUAUCAACAAGAAGGAGGGUACUACGAAGGUGGUGAUCAGCAUCAAGGCCAAUAUCAAGAUGAAUACUACAACGACCAGUACUAUGAUCAGGGGGGUGCAGCCGGCGGUGAGGCACCCCAAGCUAAACGUCGAGGCGAUUCGGAAGAGGAUUCCGAAACCUUCAGCGACUUUACCAUGAGAUCAGACAUGGCUCGAGCCACCGAUAUGGAUUACUAUGGACGCGGUGACGAGAGAUAUAACAGCUACAAUGAGAGUCAAAUGGGUGGUCGUGGUUACAGACCACCAUCUUCGCAGGUUUCAUAUGGUGGUAAUAGAUCCUCCGGAGCAUCGACGCCAAAUUACGGCAUGGACUACAACAACGUCCUUCCACCUGGACAGCGAUCUAAGGAGCCGUAUCCUGCCUGGACCUCUGACGCUCAAAUUCCUCUGUCCAAAGAAGAAGUUGAGGACAUUUUCCUGGAUUUGACAGCCAAGUUUGGUUUCCAGCGUGACAGCAUGAGAAACGUUUACGAUCAUUUGAUGACUCUGCUCGAUUCGAGAGCUUCGCGCAUGACCCCGAAUCAAGCGCUCCUGUCACUACACGCAGACUAUAUCGGUGGUGACAAUGCCAACUACCGAAAGUGGUAUUUUGCUGCUCAUCUCGAUUUAGAUGAUGCGGUGGGAUUCGCCAGCAUGAAACUUGGCAAAGGAGAUCGUCGUACUCGCAAAGCCCGCAAAGCAGCCAAGGCAGCGCCACCGGACCCUCAAAACGAGGCGCAAACCCUUGAGCAAAUGGAGGGUGAUAACAGUCUCGAAGCUGCGGAGUACAGAUGGAAGACUCGUAUGAACCGAAUGUCCCAACACGACCGAGUUCGUCAAUUGGCUCUCUACCUUCUCUGUUGGGGUGAGGCCAACCAGGUUCGAUUCAUGCCCGAAGUUCUAUGCUUCAUUUUCAAAUGUGCAGAUGACUACCUCAACUCUCCUGCCUGCCAAAACUUGGUUGAACCAGUGGAAGAAUUAACAUUCCUCAACAACGUUAUAACGCCUCUUUACCAAUACUGUCGAGAUCAAGGAUAUGAAAUUCAAGACGGCAAGUAUGUUCGACGAGAACGGGAUCAUAAUGAAAUUAUCGGGUACGAUGAUUGCAACCAGUUGUUUUGGUAUCCCGAGGGUAUUGAGAAAAUCGUCCUAGAAGAUAAGUCUCGCUUGGUGGAUCUCCCUGUUGCGGAACGUUAUCUCAAACUCAAGGAUGUCAACUGGAACAAGUCCUUUUUCAAAACGUACCUCGAAAAACGUUCUUGGUUCCACAUGUUGGUCAACUUCAAUCGCAUUUGGGUUAUCCACAUCAGUGCCUUCUGGUUUUUUACUGCUAAGAAUUCGCCAACACUCCUGGAAAAGAAUUACCGACAACAGGAGAACAAUCAGCCUCCUGCCUCUGCGCAGUGGUCCGCGGUUGCUUUGGGUGGUGCAAUUGCAAGUCUUAUUAUGGUCGUCGCUACAAUCUGUGAAUGGUCCUAUGUUCCUCGUCGAUGGGCAGGUGCUCAGCAUUUGACCAAGAAACUGUUGUUCCUCAUCGCUGUUCUCAUUCUCAAUGUCGCCCCAAGUGUGUACAUUUUCAUCAUUCCCAACACACAGAAGACGAAGCUUGCUUUGAUUUUGGGCAUUGUCCAGUUCUUCAUCGCCCUGGUCACAUACUUCUUCUUCUCGAUCAUGCCUAUGGGAGGAUUGUUCGGUAGUUACUUGACCAGGAACUCCAGACAGUACGUUGCUAGUCAGACCUUUACUGCCAGCUAUCCUCGUCUGACUGGUAAUGAUAUGUGGAUGUCUUACGGUCUCUGGAUCACUGUCUUCGGAGCUAAACUUGCCGAGUCCUACGUCUUCUUGACCUUGUCCUUCCGUGAUCCUAUCAGAUACUUGGACAGCAUGGAAAUCUCUUACUGUGCUGGUGAUGCUCUGUUUGGCGAUGUUCUCUGUAAAUUACAGCCCAAGAUUCUCCUCGGUCUCAUGUUCGUCACCGAUCUUACGUUGUUCUUCUUGGAUACUUUCAUGUGGUAUAUUAUCAUGAACGCCAUUUACUCGGUCGCUCGAUCCUUCUACCUUGGUGUUUCCAUCUGGACACCAUGGAGAAAUAUCUUCUCGCGUUUGCCAAAGCGUAUCUAUUCCAAGGUUCUCGCCACGACUGAUAUGGAAAUCAAGUACAAGCCAAAGGUCCUCAUCUCUCAGAUCUGGAACGCUAUUGUCAUUUCCAUGUACAGGGAGCAUCUCCUUGCUAUCGACCACGUCCAAAAGCUUCUCUACCAUCAAGUUCCUUCCGAACAAGAAGGCAAAAGAACUCUCCGAGCGCCAACUUUCUUCGUCUCGCAGGAAGAUCACUCUUUCAAGACCGAAUUUUUCCCAAACCAGAGUGAGGCCGAGCGUCGUAUCUCUUUCUUCGCUCAAUCUUUGUCAACUCCUAUUCCGGAACCACUUCCAGUCGAUAACAUGCCAACUUUCACUGUCAUGAUUCCGCAUUACGGAGAGAAGAUUUUGUUCUCCCUGCGUGAAAUCAUUCGUGAAGAUGAGCCAUACUCCCGCGUUACUAUGCUUGAGUACUUGAAGCAAUUGCACCCUCACGAGUGGGAUUGCUUCGUAAAGGAUACUAAAAUUCUUGCAGAUGAGACCUCACAAUUUAAUGGCGAUUACGAAAAGGAUGAGAAGAAUACUGCCAAGAGCAAGAUUGAUGAUCUUCCUUUCUAUUGCAUAGGUUUCAAGUCGGCCGCUCCCGAGUACACUCUCCGCACACGUAUUUGGGCUUCUUUGAGAGCACAAACCCUUUACCGCACAAUCUCUGGUUUCAUGAAUUAUAGUCGUGCUAUCAAACUCCUCUAUCGUGUUGAAAAUCCCGAAGUCGUUCAAAUGUUUGGUGGCAACUCGGACAAGCUUGAACGCGAGCUUGAGCGUAUGGCCCGUCGCAAGUUUAAGCUAUGUGUUUCUAUGCAACGUUAUGCCAAAUUCAAGAAAGAGGAGAUGGAAAACACCGAAUUUCUUCUCCGUGCCUACCCUGAUCUCCAAAUUGCUUACCUGGAUGAAGAAGCUCCUCUCGCCGAAGGGGAAGAGCCACGUCUUUACUCCGCUCUCAUUGAUGGUCACUCCGAACUUAUGGAAAAUGGAAUGCGCAGACCCAAGUUCCGCAUUCAACUUUCCGGUAACCCAAUUCUUGGUGAUGGAAAAUCUGACAACCAAAACCAUGCCAUCAUCUUUUACCGCGGCGAGUACAUUCAACUUAUUGAUGCCAAUCAAGACAACUAUUUAGAAGAAUGCUUGAAGAUUCGAAGUGUUUUGGCCGAGUUCGAGGAAAUGACAACUGAAAACGUCUCUCCUUACACUCCUGGUGUCUCCAACCCCAAGGUCGCCCCGGUUGCCAUUCUCGGUGCUCGUGAAUAUAUUUUCUCUGAGAAUAUUGGUAUUUUGGGAGAUGUCGCUGCCGGAAAGGAACAAACAUUCGGUACGCUCUUCGCACGUACGCUUGCUGCCAUUGGUGGUAAGCUUCAUUAUGGACAUCCUGAUUUCCUGAACGGUAUCUUCAUGACUACGAGAGGUGGUGUUUCCAAGGCUCAGAAGGGUCUUCAUCUUAACGAGGAUAUUUAUGCUGGUAUGACUGCACUUCUUCGUGGAGGUCGCAUCAAGCAUUGCGAGUACUACCAGUGUGGUAAAGGUCGUGAUCUGGGUUUUGGCUCGAUUCUUAACUUCACCACAAAGAUUGGAACUGGUAUGGGUGAGCAAAUGCUUUCGCGUGAGUAUUAUUAUCUCGGUACUCAACUUCCUAUUGAUCGCUUCUUGUCCUUCUACUAUGCCCAUCCUGGUUUCCAUUUGAACAAUAUGUUCAUCAUGUUGUCCGUCAACUUGUUCAUGCUCUGCUUGAUCAACUUAGGAGCCCUCAGAAACCAGGUCAUCGAGUGUAAAUAUAACGUCAACGUCCCUAUUACCGAUCCACUCUAUCCAACUGGUUGUGCAAACAUCAUUCCCAUUAUGAAUUGGGUUUAUCGUUGCAUUAUCUCCAUCUUCAUCGUGUUCUUCAUCUCUUUCGUACCCUUGACAUUACAGGAAUUGACAGAGCGUGGUUUCUGGCGUGCGGCUACCCGUCUCGGAAAGCAAUUCAGUUCUUUGUCGCCUUUCUUCGAAGUUUUCGUCUGUCAAAUUUAUGCGAACGCUGUUCAGCAAGAUCUUUCGUUCGGUGGUGCCCGAUACAUCGGAACGGGUCGUGGUUUCGCUACUGCCCGCAUUCCCUUCGGUAUUCUCUUCUCUCGAUUCGCCGGUCCCUCGAUCUAUCUCGGAGCUAGAUUACUUAUGAUGUUGUUAUUCGCAACCAUCACUGUCUGGCAAGCUGCGUUGGUAUACUUCUGGGUUACUCUCCUUGCUUUGUGCAUUUCUCCAUUCUUGUAUAAUCCUCAUCAAUUUGCCUGGAACGAUUUCUUCAUUGACUACAGAGACUACCUCAGGUGGUUGUCUCGCGGAAAUUCGCGUUCUCACGCAUCGAGUUGGAUUGCUUACUGCCGUCUCUCUCGUACUAGAAUUACAGGUUAUAAACGCAAGAUUCUUGGAGACCCAUCUGCCAAGAUGUCUGGCGACACUGCCCGUGCCUCAUUCUCCAAUCUCUUCUUUGGAGAAAUCGUGGGACCGCUCAUGGUCGUUGCUCUCACCUUGAUUCCAUAUCUCUACAUAAAUGCCCAGACUGGUGUCAUUCCAAGCAUCAACGAUAACGUCGAAACUAAAGCGACGAACGCCUUGAUUCGUGUUGGUAUUGUAGCCUUGGCUCCUAUUGCAGUCAACGCAGGUGUCCUGGCUGUCAUGUUUAGUAUGGCUUGUUGUAUGGGACCUCUCCUUGGCAUGUGUUGCAAGAAAUUCGGAUCCGUUCUCGCCGCAAUUGCACAUGCCCUGGCCGUCGUCUUCUGCCUGGUUUUCUUCGAAGUCAUGUUCUUCUUGGAAGGAUUUGACUUCGCCAAGACUCUGUUGGGAAUGAUUGCGUCCGCCGCCAUUCAGAGAUUUGUCUACAAGCUCAUCAUCAGUCUAGCACUGACCAGAGAAUUGAAGACCGACACAUCCAAUAUAGCUUUCUGGACUGGUAAAUGGUAUUCCAUGGGUUGGCACACGAUUUCCCAACCUGGUCGUGAAUUUCUUUGUAAGAUCACCGAGCUUGGAAUGUUUGCUGGGGACUUUGUUCUUGGUCAUCUCCUUCUCUUCAUCAUGCUUCCCGUCAUCGCCAUACCUCAAAUUGACAAGCUUCAUUCUGUGAUGCUCUUCUGGCUUCGUCCCAGUCGACAAAUUCGUCCUCCAAUCUACUCCUUAAAGCAAUCCAAGUUACGAAAGAAACGUGUCUGGCGGUACGCCUGUGUAUAUUUCGCUCUGUUUGUCGUCUUCCUCGCACUGCUUGUGGGCCCACUUGUUGUUGGCAAGAAGAUCUUGACCCCUAGCUUGAUAAGUAAGAUUCCACAGAAGCUCUUCCAGCCUAUCAACCAGAACAACAACGACACAAGAGGUUACAACCAGACCGGUACUGGUUGCGUGACAUGCUCCACAGCCUCUGCCACUUCAACCAAAACUGCUGCUGCUAAGAUUCGAUUGUUCUAA